GAGUCUGACGACACAGUGGGUUAGCAGCACUGAGACAAACAUGGCCGGUAGAGGAGCUAAACAGAGCCGAUCGGGCUCUGGCCUGUCUGCUAGAAAAGGAGGAGAGGAGCAGGAUGAAGAGGAGCAGCCGCUCCAGGCUGUGCUGGUCGCUGACAGCUUCAACCGGAGGUUUUUCCCGGUGACGAAGGACCAGCCGAGGGCUCUGCUGCCGCUGGGUAAUGUAGCCAUGAUCGACUACACCCUGGAGUUCCUCACCUCCACCGGGGUGCAGGAGACCUUUGUCUUCUGCUGCUGGAUGGCCCCGAAAAUCAAGGAGCACCUGCUGAAGUCAAAGUGGUGUCGCCCCACGUCUCCAAACACGGUCCACAUCAUCACGUCGGAGCUGUACCGCUCCCUGGGGGACGUGCUCCGGGACGUCGAUGCAAAGUCCCUCGUCCGCUCAGACUUCGUGCUGGUUUACGGAGACGUGGUGUCAAAUGUGGACGUCAGUCAGGCGCUGCAGGAGCACAGGUAUCGUAGGAAGAUGGAGAAGAACAUCUCGGUGAUGACGAUGAUCUUCAAGGAGUCGUCACCGGGUCACAGGUCGAGGUGCGAGGAAGAUGAUGUCAUCGUUGCCAUGGACAGCAAGAGCCAGAGGAUUUUACACUACCAGAAGACACAAGGGCUGAAGAGGCUGCAGUUCCCCAUGAACAUUUUCCACAGUGUGAGUGACGAGUUUGAGAUCAGACACGACCUGCUGGACUGUCACAUCAGCAUCUGCUCCCCACAGGUUGCUGAACUCUUCACUGAUAAUUUUGACUACCAGACUAGGAACGACUUCGUCAGAGGGCUCUUGGUCAAUGAAGAGAUUCUGGGGAACCAGAUCCACAUGCACGUGACCAAGGACGGCUACGGCGCCCGAGUGUCCAACCUGCUGAUGUACGACUCGGUGUCGUCGGACCUGGUGCGGCGCUGGGUCUACCCUCUGACCCCCGAGGCCAACUUCACCGACCAGACGGGACGCAGCUGCACAUAUUCACGCCACAACGUGUACCGAGGCUCCGGGGUCAGCCUGGGCCACGGCAGCCAGAUGGAGGAGAACGUCCUCAUCGGCUGUGACACCAGCAUCGGAGCCAACUGUUAUAUCUACAACAGCGUCAUCGGGAACAACUGCACCAUCGGAGACAACGUGACCCUGGACCACGCCUACAUCUGGAGCAACGUUCACAUCUCCAGCAACGUGGUGAUCAGACAGUCGGUGGUCUGCGACAAGACGGAGGUCAAAGAAGGCGUGCAGCUGAAUAAACAGUGUGUCCUGGCCUAUAAUGUGGUGAUCGGCCCAGACGUCUCUCUACCGGAGGGCACCGUGGUGUCCAUGCACCAUCCAGACGAGGAGGAAGAGGAGGAUGAUGAUGAGUUCCUGAGUGAUGACGCCGAGGUCGGUCACAGCAAAGACAAAACCAAACUCAAAGUGUUUAACCCGGCGGAGGUGGGGGCCGAGGGGAAGGGCUACAUCUGGAAGGCCAACAGUCUGGACGACACGGAGGACGAGGAGCUGUCCCACUGUCUCUGGGGUCUAGUGUUGAACCCCGACCCCGAGAGUGAGAGUGACGACAGCGAGCCCGACGACCCCGACGACCCGGUGAUCCCCUCCCCCGAGAUGGACGACGUCAAAGUGUUCCAGCUGGAGGUUCUGGGGACGCUGCAGAGAGGUCUGGAGGAAAACAUCGGCUUUGACAAUCUGGUACUAGAGAUCAACUCUCUCAAGUACGCCUACAACAUCACCCUGAAGGAGGUGAUGCAGAUCCUAACCAGAGUGGUUCUGGAGUAUCCGUUCCAGCAGCAGGGCUCUCAGCUCACCCCGUCACAAUACGUCGGCCUGCUUCUACCUUUAUUGAAGAAAUGGGCUCCAGUGUUUAAGAACUACGUGAAGAGAGCCCAGGACCACCUGGACUGUCUGUCGGCCUUUGAGGAGCACUUCCUGGAGCAGGAGAGCCACUGGGCUGCUAUGGUGAAGGUCCUGAUGAACAUGUACCAGCUGGAGAUCCUGGAGGAGGAGAUGAUCCUCCGCUGGUUCUCUCAGGGAGCUACAACAGAUAAGAGCAGGCAGCUACGCAAGAACCAGGGGCUCCAGAAGUUCAUCCAGUGGUUGGAGGAGGCCGAGGAGUCUUCAGAGGAGGACGGGGAGUAACGAGGAGUAACGAGGAGCACUUAAAGGAGGAAAAGACUUGAACUGUUGUGUGACUAAAGGGAACCAGAUGCAGCUUUUUGUCCCCUAGUAACUACCAGGAUCUCUUCUGUACAGCUGAAGCUUUAUUAAUAUCUCAAUAAAGAAGAAAGAAGAAGAAGAAUAA